AUGGCCGCCUCUGACGCAAGGGAUGCUGGCUCUAGCCCUGCUACGUCAGCUCCCAAAGCCGGACUCGAUGCCUCCAAACUGGUCUACAAUCUCAUUUCGCCCCAGGGCCCAACAGAAGUGCCCAAUUCUGGCUGCACCGAUCACAUGCUCAUCUGCAACUGGGAUGAGGCCACGGGGUGGGAGAACCCUGUGAUUCAGCCAUUUGGACCUUUAUCUCUCUUACCGAGCGCCAACGUUCUCCAGUACGCCACCGGGUGCUUCGAAGGCGUCAAAGCCUACCGCGGCUAUGAUGGCCAGCUGCGACUCUUCCGUCUCAAGCUCAACUGUGAACGGAUGCUUAAGUCUUCACUUCGCGUGGGUCUCCCGCAAUUUGACCCUGAGACCCUGGAAGAACUUGUCCACAGCUUUGUUGCCCUGGAAGCUGAGCGUUGGUUGCCCAAGGAUCGGGUAGGGCAGACGCUAUACCUGCGGCCAACUCACAUCGGGACUACGCCUGGGCUUGGCCUUCAGAAGCCUCGUCAGUCCUCGCUCUAUCUUAUCGCCACGCUCGCUCCUGGCUUCUCCACCAAUGGUGGCAUGAAUCUGGUUACAUCUCCUACUAACACCAUCCGAGCGUGGCCAGGAGGGUUCGGAAACGCAAAGUUGAGCGCCAACUAUGGACCCACCUUGUCUGCCCAUGCGGGCGCAAUUGCUCAAGGGUUCGACCAGGUCCUGUGGCUAUUCGGUGACGAGCAGUAUGCCACAGAGGCUGGCGCGAGCAAUUUCUUUGUCAUUUGGAGAACAAGGCAAGGUGGCCUUGAGUUGGUAACAGCAGGCUUGGAGAGCAAGACUAUCUUGGAAGGCAUCACUCGGAGAAGUAUUAUUGAGCUGGUACAUGCCCGACGAGAUGAGCCUCAGAGCUGGUCAGUCGAUGGUACGACUUUGGAGUCACUUACAGUAGUCGAGAGAGACUUUUCGAUCAACGAGAUCCGUGAGGCCGUUGCCGAAGGCCGGUUGGUAGAAGCCUUUGCUUCAGGCACCGCAUACUUUAUCGCCCCAGUCAGACACAUUCGCCAUCGCGAUGAGGAUAUUGUCAUUCCUCGUGAGAAGGGUGACUCUGGGCAUUACGCUGCACUUAUUAAAGGUUGGCUUAGUGAUAUAGUCUAUGGCCGCUAUGCGUUCUCCGACUGGACCAAGGUUGUGAAGGAGACUCAGUAG